AUGUCGAAUUUGUCAAAACUUGAGUUUGUGGCACUUGACAUUUAUGGAAAGAAUUGCCUAUCAUGGGUUCUCGAUGCUGAGAUUCACUUAGCCGCUAAAGGCCUUGGCAACACCAUUACUCAGGGUAAUGAGGCAUCAAUCCAAGACAAAGCGAAGACCAUGAUUUUCCUUCGUCAUCAUUUGGAUGAAGGUUUGAAAGUUGAAUAUCUGACAGUGAAAGAUCCACUUGAAUUGUGGAUUGGCCUGAAGGAAAUGUAUGAUCACCUUAAGGCUACGCAGCAAUACCGUGAAAGGGGUUUUAAAAAGUAUUCUGAAUUGAUCUCAUGCCUUCUGGUGGCUGAGCAACAUAAUAACCUUUUGCUGAAAAAUCAUGAAGCCCGUCCCACAGGGUCAGCUCCGCUUCCUGAAGUGAAUAUGGCUGCUAGACGUGAUAAGUCUGAAAAAAGACAGAAUAAUAAUCAUGGCCAUAUGAAUGUACGUGGGCAUGGAAAUGGUAAGAGACGAUAUAAUAGUCUUCAUCGUGGUGGUCAUAAAAAACGAGAGAACAAUAUGGGUUCUCAAAAUAAUCCUUCAAGAGGCAAAAACGGUAACUGCCACCGUUCUGGCAUGAAAGGUCAUUGGAAAAUUGAAUGCCGUGCACCUGAGCAUUUUGUCAGGCUUUAUCAAAACUCCAUCAAAAGAAAGGCAAAUAAUGUUGGAGCAUCUUCUGCUAAUUCCCCAGAGUCUUACUUGACCUUUAAAAAUAAUUUUGAGGCUGGGCCUUCAAAUAAAAAUGAUGACAAUGCUGAGGCAAAUCUUGCUUUGAAUGAUUAUGAUAUUCAAGGCCUCGAUGAUCUUACUCAUUUGGAAGUUGAAGAUUUCUUUGGAGAUCAAAACUAA